GCUCCAGAUGGAUUUGCCCCCAAUGGAAGAAUAUAUCUGCUCUGGACCUACUUGGUCACUUCCGGAAAGGGACUCAACUAUUCUGAUGCAUUUCCAAGUGGCCUCCCACUAUCUACCCACUAUAAAGUAAUUCCAAGUUUGGCCAAAGUAUAUCCUGAGCAGGAGGCUGCUUGUGUGUGUAUGGGGGAGCGAAUUGAAUACAACGAGCAAAUCCCAAACAGUGGCAUCUUUCGACCUAUCUGGGCAGCAUAUGGAGAAUACUUGUAUGUCCCUCCUCAGCGCUGGGUUCACAACUUGCAGCGAGGUGGAGUAGCUUUCCUUUAUCAUCCAUGUGUGCACCCCAGAUUGAAGGAGGAGCUCUCCCUACUGGCAAGAGCAUGCAAGUACCAGCACAUCAUCACUCCACAUCUCAAUUUAAGUCAGCAAUGGCCUCUGGCCUUAGUUACAUGGGGUAAAAGUUUGGAAAUGUCAACGAUUAAUGUGGCAGAAGCUGUUUCUUGGCUGAGGGAGAGCGUAAACCCAGCUCGCAGCUCUGAAAUGGAAGAGGUUGGUGCUUACAAUUACCUGCUGAUCUGGAGAGCAAAGCUGACAUCAGCCAGCAGUGAUCAAGUUACCUGUCCUGAAAACCAAGUGAAGGAACUGCAAGACUACUUUAAGAAAAGUGAACUUCAGUCAGCAAUAAGAAAAAGGAAUAAUAAAGUUGGAGUAAAUGUGCUCAGCAAAGGACUGCACAUGAUCUUGAGGAGGAGAAGAGACUCUUCUCAUCUCAGAGAACCUACUCAGCCCAGCAGGCUCAUAGAUGGGACUUCUUCCAGGGCAGAGAUUUCUUGGAAGAUGCACGUGGGUUCCACAAAGAACAUGUCCAUUGUGAAUCAAUCAGCCAAUGGACCAGCAGUAAUCACUGGAGACUCUGAGAAAAUCACAGGGAGCAAAAUUCCUGGGAACCAGGAAAUAGGGGGAGGGGAACAGAACAAGAGAAAUAAUUUGAUGCCCACAUUUCAGCAAGUAGACACAGCAUCUCACUCGGAGGCACCUGGAAGUAAAGCUCAUCAACAGACCUUUCCGCACAGUGCAGCUAGGCUGUUGAAUUCAAGUGUGUUCCCUGUUGAACAAUUAAAUUCUCGUCACCAGAAUCAAAUGCACACUACGUCAGAUUCUUCACUGGAUUCACAAGUGAAAGCUCAGAGGACUGAGAGUUCUUCACAAGAACAUGUCAAAAGUGGUGCAAGUAUCACUGACAAAGCUAACCGCCAAAUCCUAGAGAACCCUGUCACGAAGGAGCAGCAGAUGGUUAAAAUUAUUGCUAAUAGUAAUCAUGUUCCUGACAGUCGAGCUGCCAAUAAGGACACAGGUCAAAUACCUCAGAAUGGAAGCAAAGUGAGUGGGGAAAAUGCAAAACCUCUACAGCUAUUCCAGACUUCAGAAACGUCUUCCAAAAAUUAUGUUGGAAUGAAGCAGAGUGAUGAACUAGACAGUGGAGAGUUUGGCAGUGACAGAACAGUUCAAAAAGUGGAGGUGAAGGGACCAGAUAUCCCAAAGAGUAACAGGACAGCAAUCCUGAAUGCUCAGGAUGAUCACAAUGAGACUGCAGCAGUGAAUUCUGCAAAGGCGAACUGCAAAUGUGAAGGUGCAGCUUCCCAGAACAUACAGCCUGCACCUGCUAGUGCAGAUUCAAAUCCUUUAAAGGCAGGGACGCUUGAGAAAACUCAACACCAUGACGAAGAUAGGACAUUGUACAUCCCUACACCACGAACAGAGGAGGCAGCCUGGGCUGCAGCUGCCCUUGCUUUCCUCUUUGUAUUCCUUACACUGGCAGUGUUAUACACCAGGCUGUACAGAAAAUUUAUAAAGAGUGACAGUUUAUACUGGACACCAGUUCCAGGCAUUGAUGGACAAGAAACUGUAGCAGAUGUGAUAAAGAGGAGACUCAGCAGGUUUAGCAAGAGGAGGAAAAAAAGGCCACUGUACAAAAAGAAAUCUAUUUCACCUUAUGAUGUUCUUUCAAGUGACAACAGUGACUGAUGCGACCAAAGAUAUUUUUUAAGCACUACAGUUCCAUUAGAUGGGCUAACAUCAAUGGACAUCAGUGCAAACACUUCCCUCAAUUAUGAGGUGAAUCUACAGCUGUGCAAAGCAGAAGAUGACAGAAAUUUUAUAUUUUACUAAAUGUUUGUGGCAUUACUUUUUUUAAAUCUGUAAAUCAUGUAUUGUUAAACUUAAUUAUUGAAGACUGUACAGAUUCUUGUUUCAUAACUCCUGUAAUAUAAAGCACAAAUUUACACAGGCACUGCCUGUAUAUUCUAAGUAAACCUGAUGGACAAAUGAUACUGCAAUUAAUAGCAAACCUCAAAUCAGUCCCUUUCUGAACACGCAAUGCGAAAGAUAUUCCCAUCAUUUCUUUCUGUAACUCAUUGAUGAUUUUGGGUCUUUUGCUUGGAUUGAAGGUUAAAAAAACUUCUAAAAUUAAUUUCUAAGGCAUUAUAAAAUGAAUUGCUAAGUUGCAUCACCACGUUCUGCAUAAAAAAAACUCAAAUUUAUUUGGUCUUAACUGCUAAAAUGUAACUAAACUUAGAUAAGAUAAAAAGGAUUAGAAGGAAAUGGGGCAACUGUGUAGGGAGAGUCUCAAACACCAGCAUGAUCUAGAUUUUGUGGUGGGAUAAUAUCCAAUUUUAAGAGCUGGUGAGACCCACUCUAGUCAGGUUAGUGUAGAAUCAAUUCGAUUUUCCUGCUCCUCGGAUGCUGCCUGAACUGCUGUGCUUUUCCAGCACCACUCUAACCUAGACUCUGGUUUCCAGAAUCUGCAGUCAUUGUUUUUACCUAGAAUCAAUUCCCACUUGUUUCAGUACCUGACAACCUUGAGAACACUUAUUAUAAGUAACUUGCUAGGGAACAGAGACAUUAUUGUAGCAAAAGAUGUUUUUAUGAUAAGGCAUAAACUAGAUUUUUUUCUGUGUGCGCCAUUCAAAGAUUAAUGACUGAGCCAACUGACUAGCUGGUCAUGUGCAAAUUCUGAAAUGUGCAGAGUCUUCAAAAGCUACAAGAUUAAACACACAACCCUUUAAAUUCCUGACAGUCUUUACCAGUAAUGGAAUCAUUUUUGCCAUAAACCAUUACCUCAGUCACUUCCUGCAAAUAUCAUUAGGUUAUGAACCAAUUAUUUAGAAAGGAUUGUGAUUUCACCUCAGUACUUACGGUUGUAUCAUCGAGUUUGAUGGAGCAACUGGGUCAAACACAGUCAUCUAAGGAAAAGAUUUAAAGUGGUAAUCAGAGAUUCUGCUGCCCAGAAUUUUGUUUUAUACUCAUUUUUACCAUCUGCUAAAUGAUUUCUCCUUGUACUUAAAAACAAACACCAGAUCUCAUUUUUCUGAUGGAAAGUCUCCAGAAAAUCAGGUUUUACAUAUCAAGCUUUGCAACUCAGGUUGGGCACACAAGAAAAUAUCAUCACUCCAUUAAAGAAUCUUUAUCUGCAAGAUAGAUUUCUGUUUGUAAAGUGAAAAAUUAUUUUUAUAUGAUAGUAUGUGAAGGGCUAAAUUAAAAGCUCCAGUGGGGAGAGAGUAAUCUUAUGGGAUUUUAACAACAGGGCAGAAUAACAAUACUAAUAGUUGUGCAAUCUUCUUUAGAUUUCCAAGAUGAGUGUAGCAUUUUGUGUUAGACAAACCUAAUUGGAAGUAGGAUUCACCAAGUACAUUUAAAUAUGCAGUGAUUUGACAGUUUACUACAGAGUAGCAUUAGACAAAUGUUGCUGUGUGUCAGACAUGAUUCAUUUUCAGCCAUACCCUUGUAUGCCUCUUGUCUGACAAGUAUAAAUAAUACAAAUCUAAGGACAAUGAAAGGUUGGAAACACUUCCUGCAGUUAUACACACGUUUGUUAGAAGCAAAAGUCAAUUAUUGCUGUAAAUAUAAAUGAAUAGGAGAGUGGUUAAUCAUUCAUGUGUGUAAAAACUUCCAAUUAUUGGGAAGUCUUACGUAAACUUUGGUACUUUGGGAGCAAUGUGUGUAAAGUUCAUAGGAUUUGUCGUCAGAUGAUAUGGACACAUCAAACCAUGUUUCUUAGUGAUCUAAAAGUCUCAGAUGAAAUGUUUUCAAAUAAAACAUUAGUAAUUUUCAUGUAA